AUGAGCGGCGAGCUUUCUAGCAUAUCUCAAAAUAAUUCAGCUCGGGAGGUGCUUAAUGUUACUUCAGAAUAUUCGAAGAAUUCCAAUGAGAGCUUAGUGUCCUUGGAUGACUAUCUGAGCAAUACUUUGCCGUUACACCUACAGCGACUGUUUUUAGAAAAUCUGCAAAAACGAGAACAAACCAUUAUUGACAGCGCAUCCAAGUCGCUAAAUGGAGCGGUGAGUGACCCGUCCCAACAACAGCAAUUAUUAAACGGUUUGCCAUUUGCGCUGGAUUCUAAUUUCAAUUCCUCAAGAGGUAACUCAUUUUCGUCAUGGUCAUUUACGCAAGGUCUGGUUUUAGGGCAGGUAAGUGUCAUUUUAGUGAUCACCUUUUUCAUCAAGUUCUUUGUCUUCAGCGAAGGUUCUCUCAAGACCGAUGGCCCUAACGGAGGAAAGUCCAGCAAGAGCGCAGAGGCAACAUUUUCAAAACCGCCAGUAGUGUCAACAUCAACUUCGCGAUUUCUUUCGUCAAUCAUACGGCGCCGCGGUGAGAAUGUCUCCGAGAAAACGGAAGAAGAGGAUCACAAUCGGAAGUUUUGUCAAAUCAAUGCUAUAUUGGAAAAGACCUACUACAAUGUCGAUACCCAUUCAUCAGAGAGUUUGGAUUGGUUUAACGUACUUAUCGCUCAGACAAUUCAACAAUUUAGAGAGGAAGCAUUGCAGAAGGACAACAUUGUGCAUUCACUGAACGAUUUCGUAUCUCGGAGAUCAGCCGAACUACCGCAAUACCUCGAUGCGAUCAAAAUCACUGAGCUGGAUAUAGGAGAGGAUUUUCCUAUUUUUUCGAACUGUCGUAUCCAAUAUUCGCCAAAUUCCAACAAGCAACGGCUCGAAGCUAAGAUCGACAUUGAUUUGAGUGAUCGGCUUGCUUUGGGUAUCGAGACUAAAUUGCUCGUAAAUUAUCCCAAACCUUUUGCAGCAGCGCUACCGGUCCAGCUCACUGUUUCCAUUGUAAGGUUUCAAGCUUGUUUGACAGUCUCGCUCACAACCGCCGAGGAAUUCGUUCCAACGUCGGGAAAUAACACUUCAUGUGAUACAGACUAUGGUAGUGGUUAUUUCUUGAUGUUUUCAUUUUCUCCAGAGUAUCGUUUGGAGUUUGAUGUGAAAUCUCUAAUUGGCGCGAGGUCGAAGCUGCAAAAUAUUCCCAAGAUAGGGAGCUUGAUAGAAUAUCAAAUAAAAAAAUGGUUUGUUGAACGAUGCGUGGAACCUCGAUUCCAGUUCAUAAAACUUCCAAGCCUCUGGCCGAGAAGCAAAAAUACCAGGGAAGAAAAAUCAGAAAAUGAUGACAUUUCCGUUACAUCCAUGGAUUCACCAAGUACUUGA